UAAAUUUUCUCAAGCAGAAUUACAUAUUCAUCAUGAAAAAGCUGAAGUAAUAAGUUUUAACAAGGACUAUAUUUCUGAUUUUCAAAUUCACAUGAAGCGGAUAAAUGAUACGCUAAAUUCGUUAAAUACAAAAGCGGAAUUAUUGAAAGACAUUGAGGAUUGUAUGAUGGAAUUCGAAAUGGCUCAAUUAAAAGAUGGAGAAUAUAACCAUGAUAAAUUAACAUUUGAAUUGAAUUGCUGUGAUUUUCUGGAAUCAGAUUGGAAUGUAUACCGAGCACAUUCAACUGACGGUGAUCAUGGAAAUUUACCAGAGCAUUGCGAUAAUGAUAAGUUUCCGAAAAACACAUAUGUAAUAAAAGAUGCGUUAAUGGAUGAAUCUCCAAAUGUUGAAUUAUUUAAGUUGGGAAAAUGGCGUGCUGAUUUUAAAAUGAAUUCUGGCAAAACAAAUAUUAUUCAAUUAUAUUUCUAUUCGCAUUCAUCUAUGGAUGUGGAGCGAUUUUUAAACAACGAAUACAAAAAAACUGGCUUACUUAUUACUGGGGACAUGUGCGAUAUGAUUAGUGAUGAUGAUUUAAAUGUAUUUAAAAAAUUUAUGAUGGAUGGUGUUCAUGGAAAUCUGCCUGAAUGUGAGGGAACGUUUCCAAAAGGUAAAUACUUUGUUAAAGAUGCUAUUGCAUCUGGAGAACUUAGAAAAGAAGUAUUUUUACCUGGAAAAUGGAAAGCUCAAUAUAAGGCUAAAACUAAAGAUGAUGUAGCCGUAUUGAUUGUAAUUACGCGUAGAAUUAUGGCUUACCAUGCCAUUGAAACCCAAUGCUCACCAAGCCAUUGA